AUGGCGGCGGUCAGUGGCAGUCCCUUUCAUAACGAAUGCAGUGCGUCUGGCCAGUCGAUCGUUCCUUCUUGUUCGAACCUCGCUUCGACGACGUUUCCUGCCGGCCAGUGGCGACUGUCCAGUAGACACCUGUCAGCCGCUUCCACGGCUAAAUCACAGAUCAACGGCUACUCUAGCGAUGGUGUUGGUGGUAACAGCUGCCAGAAUCAGGGUGACGAGUCACUGGUGACAAUUCGCAUGACCGCUGACGCGCAAGGCAGGUUCGGAUUCAACGUAAAGGGCGGUAUCGAUGACAAGUAUCCGAUUUCGGUGAGUCGCGUUGUUCCCGGAAGCCCUGCCGAUACUUGCAUACCCAGGUUGAACGAGGGCGAUCAGAUCUUGAUGAUCAAUCAGGUGGAUGUUUCACUCUUCACUCAUGAUCAGGCCGUACGUUUCAUUAGAUCUUGUCGAGAGAUCGCUGCUGGACAACUGGUCAUCGUAGCAAGGCCCAAUGGUAUGACAUCAAGGUGGUCUUUGCCUAGGAUGAGGAAUUCUCUCGUUCCUCAAGCCCCUCGGGUCGCUGAUUGCGUUCCUAGGUCCGACAUCUUGCACCAGUCUCUGUUACUGCUCAGAGAUAGCUUGGCAUCGGGAGCGGCCAUCGUUCAGUUCGAGAAACUGUACCGAAGAAAACCGGCGAUGUCGAUGAAGGCCGCUCGCGAGCCGCAGAACGCUUCGAAGAACCGUUACCGCGACGUGUCGCCAUAUGACGACACCAGAGUUGUGAUCAGGAACAGCGAUGUCGGCGAUUACAUAAACGCUAGUUAUAUAAAUAUGGAAAUCCCUGGUAGUGGCAUUGUUAAUCGUUAUAUCGCUGGCCAGGGUCCACUUCCGCACACUACAUCUGAUUUCUGGCAGGUUGUAUGGGAGCAGCUGUGCGCUACAAUCGUCAUGUUGACCGCGACGACGGAGCGUGGCCGAGCCAAAUGCCAUCAGUACUGGCCGAAUUUGUACGAAACGCAGGAGUACGGCGUAAUUCAGGUGACGUGCGUGAAAGAAAGCGAGACCAAAGUCGGUUCGAUCCGCGAAAUUUUGGUCGUCCACAGGGAGACCGGCGAAGAGCGACUGGUCACUCAUAUGCAGUAUGUUACUUGGCCGGAUCAUGGAGUGCCGGAAGACAGUAGGGACAUUAUCGAUUUCAUCGUCCAAGUUCGUCAUUUCCGCGCAGGCAUGGUUGAACCACUGUUUGUGCACUGUAGUGCUGGCAUCGGACGGACUGGUGUUUUAAUCCUUGUUGAAAGUGCUAUGUGUCUUAUUGAAGCGAACGAACCGGUUUAUCCGCUGGAUAUCGUCCGGACGAUGAGGGACCAAAGAGCGAUGCUUAUUCAGACUUCUGCCCAGUACAAAUUUGCGUGCGAAACUAUUCUCCGAAUUUACAACGAUUGUAUCGUGAAACCUUCGGCCGAAUAUCAAAGAUAG